AUUUAAAAUAAAUAAAUAAGAUCCUUUAAAAGUCAGUCGCUAUGGUUUUACAGUGGAGUUAUAUCAUCAGCGUGGAUCGGACGCGUUUUAGUCGAAUAUCUCUGCACUUUAAUGCGUUUUGCGUGUUUGGUGCUUUGAUUUAAGGACAAAUCAUAGAAAGGUACUGUAUGGUUUUUUUCUGUCUUUAUUUUUUUUCUGUCUUUAUUUUUUUCUUUUUAUUUCGAAGCAACAAGCGUCGCCAUACGAUGCGCACUUUCCCAAGGAAUAACGCUUCACUGUUGCGCGGGGUUCUUGGAAUAAAAACAUCAACGUAUUUCCACAUCAACCUUACUUUAAAAAGCUCUAUGGUCGUUAUUGAGAUCAAUUCUGUUCUUGUUAUCCUAUAAAUACAGUGAAAAGUGCCUUUUUUCCAUGUUUCCCAACGUCAAGGGAGACAUGGCUUGCUUUCCAUGGCGGGUAUUUUGGAUAAUUCAAGCGCUUGUGGAUGUGACACUUUCGCAGGAAACCUACGCUCCUCAUUCCAUCAGAAUUGAGGGGGAUUUGACCCUCGGUGGCCUCUUCCCGGUCCAUGCCCGCGGGGUCUCCGGGGAACCGUGUGGAGAUAUCAAAAAGGAGAACGGGAUUCACAGGUUGGAGGCGAUGCUUUAUGCACUGGACCAAAUCAACAGCGACGACGAGCUUUUGCCCAACAUCACUUUAGGCGCUCGGGUUUUGGACACAUGCUCGCGAGACACGUACGCGCUGGAGCAGUCGCUUACUUUUGUGCAGGCUCUCAUACAGAAAGACACGUCGGAUGUGAGGUGCACGAACGGAGAGCCCCCGGUGUUCGUCAAACCCGAAAAGGUGGUCGGAGUCAUAGGGGCUUCGGCGAGUUCAGUGUCCAUCAUGGUCGCAAAUAUACUGCGACUAUUCCAGAUUCCGCAGAUCAGCUACGCCUCUACCGCUCCAGAGCUGAGCGAUGACCGCCGGUACGAUUUCUUCUCUCGCGUCGUACCUCCCGAUUCCUUCCAGGCGCAGGCCAUGGUGGACAUAGUGAAACUGAUGGGUUGGAAUUACGUGUCUACAGUGGCUUCGGAGGGAAGCUAUGGCGAGAAAGGAGUCGAGGCCUUCAUGCAGAUUUCCAGAGAAGCAGGUGGAAUCUGCAUCGCUCAGUCCCUGAAGAUCCCUCACGACCACAAGCAGGCUGAUUUUGACAAGAUUAUCCGACAGCUGCUGGAUACCUCUCUGGCCCGGGCGGUCAUUAUUUUCGCUUACGACGAAGACAUUCGGGGGAUCCUUAACGCCAGCAAAAGAGCCGAUCAAGUUGGCCAUUUCCUAUGGAUCGGUUCAGACAGCUGGGGAGCCAAGAACAGCACUAUUCAAGGCCUCGAGGACGCCGCGAUUGGUGCUGUCACCAUCCUGCCAAAAAGAGCCACUGUUGAGGGUUUUGAUAACUACUUUACAUCACGCACACUGGAGAACAAUAGAAGGAACGUCUGGUUUGCUGAGUUCUGGGAGGAGAACUUCAACUGCAAGCUCAUGAGUUCCUCCAAGAAAGAAGACACUAGCAGAAAAUGCACAGUGUUUGGGCUGUUUAACCGCGGCCCUGGCCUGCGACAUCAAGCCCCACCCCCCAGCACCCUCCAGCAGCCCCAAGAUAUAAUAUGUUCCCGCGGCUAUGAUCUUGGAUGGGCUGAGGGGCAAGAACGGAUAGGAAUAGACUCUUAUUACGAGCAGGAAGGGAAGGUGCAGUUUGUGAUAGACGCGGUGUAUGCCAUGGCUCAUGCCCUGCACAACAUGCAGAAGGAUCUUUGUCCAGACCAGUCAGGCGUUUGUGGAGAGAUGGAGCACGCUGGUGGCAAGAAACUCCUCAAGUACAUCCGAUCGGUCAGCUUCAAUGGGAGCACGGGGACGUCUGUCACGUUCAAUCGGAAUGGCGACGCACCUGGACGAUACAAUCUUUUCCAGUACCAGAUGAAUAUCAACAGCACUCCCAGAUAUAAAGUUAUUGGAGAGUGGGCAGAAACUCUCAAACUUCACAUCAAUGAGAUGCAGUGGCCCAACGGAGAAAUGAAAAUCCCCAUCUCAGUCUGCAGUCUGCCCUGUAAGACGGGUCAACGCAAGAAGAUAGUGAAAGGCAUGCCAUGCUGCUGGCACUGCGAGCCCUGCGACGGCUACCAGUACCAGUUUGAUGAGACAUCCUGCAAGCUCUGCGCUUACAACAUGCGUCCAAAUGCCAAUCACACGGGCUGCCAGCCCAUCCCAAUUGUCAAGCUGGAGUGGCAUUCGCCCUGGGCCAUCAUUCCCGUCUUCCUGGCUAUGCUUGGCAUCAUCGCCACCACCUUUGUUAUGGCCACGUUCAUCCGCUACAAUGACACCCCUAUCGUACGAGCGUCUGGGAGGGAGCUCAGCUACGUUCUGCUGACAGGGAUAUUCCUGUGUUACAUCAUCACGUUUGUAAUGAUCGCAAUGCCAGACAUUGCCGUUUGCUCCUUCAGACGAAUCUUCCUUGGGCUGGGAAUGUGUAUUAGCUAUGCGGCGCUUCUCACUAAGACAAAUCGAAUUUACCGCAUCUUCGAGGAAGGGAAGAAGUCUGUUACUCCACCUAAACUGAUCAGCCCGACGUCUCAGUUAGCCAUCACGUCCAGCCUCAUAUCCGUCCAGCUCUUAGGGGUCCUCAUAUGGUUCGGAGUGGAUCCUCCAAACACCAUAAUCGAUUACGACGAACAGAAGACCAUAAACCCUGAUAAGGCCCGAGGGGUUCUCAAGUGUGACAUUACAGAUCUACAAAUCAUUUGCUCUCUAGGUUACAGCAUCUUGCUGAUGGUAACAUGUACGAUUUACGCCAUCAAAACGCGAGGCGUUCCGGAGAAUUUCAACGAAGCCAAACCUAUCGGAUUCACCAUGUACACCACUUGCAUUGUGUGGCUCGCCUUCAUUCCCAUUUUCUUUGGGACGGCACAAUCUGCAGAAAAGCUCUACAUCCAGACCACCACGCUGACCAUCUCCAUGAAUCUGAGCGCGUCCGUGGCUCUGGGAAUGCUCUACAUGCCCAAGGUCUACGUCAUCAUCUUCCACCCAGAGCUCAACGUACAGAAACGCAAGCGCAGCUUCAAGGCCGUGGCGACGGCGGCCACCAUGACCUCGCGUCUGUCACACAAACCCAGCGACCGGCCGAACGGCGAGGCCAAAACCGAACUGUGUGAAAAUGUGGAUCCCAACAGCUAAUUCUCAUAAUUUAUCAGGUCUGGCUGCAAAGAAGAAAUACGUGAGCUACAAUGACCUUGUGAUCUGAAGGCCAUCACAGGAGGAAGGUGAUCGAUGGUACUUCCUGGUUACUCUUGGAAAGCGGGAAAAAGCUUUCAGUGUCCCUCUGUUUCCAUCCUUAUUUUGUCUGAGGUCCAGGACAGUGAUUGGGCCCUCAGCUAAACCAAUGACAGAGGAUAUCAGUUGGUUUUCAACACCUUUAAGAAACAUAACACAGCGAAACCACCCCAAAAAAUAA